AAGAGAAAAAGCUCGUUUAAUGUAUGAAAUUUUUGGUCCUGAAAUCACGGAUGAUAGUGAUGAAACUGGCUCUGAAGAAGAAUUCAUGGAGACCAACUUAUUGCCCUUGGAGAGUCUGAAAUGGGGAAAACGUGGAAAACGCAGCAUGCGUAGUGGCACAUUCAAAAGACAGAUGCUAGAAAAUCAUGUUGAACAACAUAAAAAUACUCAAGAUGAGAUGGAUAUUCAAGUCUUGCUUGUUUCAAUGGAUGCGUCAGUGAUACCAAAUUUGCAGAAUCCUCAAGUAAUCUGCAAACAAAACGUGACAAUGAAGUCACUAUGUGAGAUGUACGUUGCUCCUUACGUUGAGGCACAAGUUGAUGAAAUCGAGAUGUUUGUGGUUAACGAGUUGGUGACAGAGUCGAGAGUGAUUGAUCCCCACACAGACAGAGUACAAAUUGUGAAGAAAGAAGACAAUGUUGGUGGAUUGAUGAGAAUGUAUGACUUCAACAAGGGACAUGUGAUUAUUGGCUAUAUGAAGACUCCUUUAGAUAACCAAGAGUAAUAACAACAAAUUGAGUGAUGGAGGCCAGUGGAGAUGUCAACUCAUUUACAAAUAAGAAACCACCUAGACUUUU